AUGCCGUAUUUAAGGGAUGUGAGAAAAUUACUUUUAAUCGCUCAUGACCAAGGACUGAUAUCGGACGAGGAACUGUUGCUAUUACUGAAAGAGACUUCGUCAAAAAACCCUGAGUUUUCGUACGAAAAAUACGCGAGGUUUAGUAUCGAGAGUAUCGAGGAACCUGAGUGCAAGUCCGAGUUUAGAGUUGAAAAAAGGACCUUCCAUUGCUGCCUGAUGCGCUUCGACUACCGGACACCUUCCACUUGGAUUCGCCUUCGGGAUCAUUGGACUCAAUCGCCAACUUACAGUGUCUGUGAUAUUUAUAACACAAAUGAGGAACCAAAGAACUGGUUACUAACGGACUUUAUUAAUAUCAAAGAUGCGACGCGACUCCAUAUUGUGGUGACUUACACCCUUCGUAACUGCCCCUCAGCCUACGUGUGGCCAGUCUGCAGAACAAACUUCACCCUCUAUUCUUAUCAUACGGAUCACAUAUUAGGUUCUGGUCUAGACCCAACACAAGCAAAUUUCCACAAAGAAACUGUUAUUACUCCAAAAACUCUUCCAACAACAGACACAUUUUAUUGGUCAAUAGUAGCAAAAGCAAAGGGAAUUUAUUUGGGAUUAUUAGAUCAAGGAGCCUGCUUGACAAUAAGCAAGUUUGUUGUAAGAUAUCUUUUCUGCUCGGAAACGAUCGUCGCUCCCUUCGUUAGAUUUCCAAGAACAAUUGCCCCAGCAAAUGAUAUCAAUUUAACCAAACAAGAAGGAGAAUGUACAGAUCCUAACUCACGUAAUAUAGACAACAGAAAGUUGUUUGGCAUGUGCCUUAGUAAUGGGGAAUGGAACAUCACAGCUAACUCAGUCUGUCUUUGUGAUUAUGCCUAUGAACUCACCAAUGGAUCUUCAGACUCUUUUGUAUGCAGAGAGUGUCAGAAAGGCUUCUACAAGGAUUCUGUUGGUAAUGAAAAAUGUAAACCUUGUCCUGGAAACUCAGUAUCUAAUACUGACAGGACUGGUUGCAUGUGUAAUGAAGGUUACUACCAACCGUCUAAUGUGGUAGAUUGUGAAGCUUUUGCAAGAAAUUUAAUAAACAUAACCAUGGUCGUCACCAGUGAAACUUGUACCAAUGGAAAAUACGACCAAUCCUCAUUAUUGACGAGACUCCAAAAAGUGAUGGAGAAGGCUUUUGCUGGGAGAUUUGCUGGUUUAAGAGGUGCAACGUUGAAAAAUAACAUAAGAUGUGGACGUAUUACUGUUGACCUAGCACUCAUAUUCAAUUCCAAAACAAAAGAGCAAGAUGUUAUUACAAUACUUCACAAUGCUUCCAACGAUGGGAAGCUUGGAGACUUCACUGUGAGUGCUAUAAAUAGAACAAGGAUGCGAAUUGAUUUUGAAACUGAAACUACUGAAGCAGGCAUGGUAACGCCACCCGACAGUGCCACAGAUAUUUUCGCUGGUGCAGUGAUUGGAUCAACGGCCGCAAUGGUUGUUGGUGCUGGAAUGUUUAUAUGUUUCGUAUGGAAGUUAAGAAAUUGUAACAGCAAAAACUUAAAUGGAAAAGGAGAAAGGACAAAAGGAGAAACAACAGAAGAAAUAGGACCUGUUGACCGCAGUCCAGAUUUUUCUACCUCUGCCCAAGGGCACAAUAACAGUCAAAAAUCGUGA